AUGUCAGCAGUCCGCACUCGAUGUCGUGUCCACCAAGGCAUUAAAGGCUUGGUAACAGAUGAAAAUAAUAAUGGAAUAGCGAAUGCAGUCAUCUCAGUUAGUGGUAUUGAUCACGAUGUUACCUCUGGCACUGGUGGUGAUUAUUUUAGGCUAUUGUUGCCCGACACAUACAGUGUAACAGCUUCGGCGGAUGGAUAUUAUGCAAAGAUCUCAACUGCGACAGUUAGUCCAGGGGCAGCGACGCGGCUCGAUUUUCAGUUGAAACAGGUAAAAGUAUCAAAUUCAAGGGAAAAGAUCCCAUAUAAAAAUAUGAAUGGCAAAAACCACAUAAGAAAGAUUGUUCCAAGAUCGGUGGACAGAAAGAGAAGACAAUGAGAACCUAACCAAAUUAUGGCGGUUAUCACCCACACCUUACCUCUUAUAUCCUGAAGGUCGUUCAACAGCGUUUGGCGGAGGAAAGAUUGAUUCACCAAUAAAAGGACUGAAAACAGCCAUCAACAAAAUUACAGAAGAAAGAAAACAA